UAACCGCCGUUUGUAGCGGUUUGGUGUGGCGAAUGUUCGUGUAUUACGAGGGUGUUUGGGGACGAAUGGGGGAAUCUCCUUUUUAGAGAGUAUUUUCUUUUCUAGAGGGAAAAUGAAUUUCCAGAUAUUUUGUUGUUUUCUGUACUGAGAAUACUGCGUCAUACUUCAAAUUUGUUAAUCGUAUCAAUAAACCUCUCUGGGAUACGCAUCAACAAACGAGUUGUAUUGUCAGUACAUCAUUAACAAAUUUGAAACCAUGGAUGGGAAAGAUCCAAUGGAAGGAGAACUCGAGGUAGAAACUGAAAGGAAAAGGACUUUGACCAUGAAGGGAUUAGAGUACAAUAAAGAAAUAAAAUCAAAAGCAAGGCUACGAAUGAUAGAGACACUUAAUACAAAAACUGAAGAGUUGAAAGGGUUAUUACAACAUGAAACAAGUGAUAAACAAACUGUAAAAGGUGUGUACUCAAGCUGGUUGAACAAUUAUGAACAGUUGCUUAUAGCACAUGAACAGUAUAAAAAAUUAUUGAAUGAAACAGAAUUGCACGAUGAUAAUAGUCAAUUUGAAAAUAUAACCAGCGACUAUGCAUAUGUAAAGCAUGAGGCAGAACAAUGGUUUCUGAAAAACUGUAGUGUACCCGAAACAAGUGAACAAUUAGAAACAAAAUCUCAUCAUAGUGGCAGCUCUAGAUCAUCAAGUAGACAUUCAAGUAUUUCGAGUAACUUAUCGAUUGCUAAAAUGAAAGAAAAUCAAAGAAAGGCAGAACUAUUAGCAAGAGCAUCAGCUCUAAAGGAGCAAAGAAAAUUAGAAGAAGCAAAGUUAAGUCUUCAAAUGAAAGAGAAGGAAUUUGAAAUUAAAACUGAAUUACAAGUGAGUGAUGCGCGGACUAAGGUUUUAGAAGACUUAGAAAGAAGCAUGGUGGAUGACCAAUUGCUGGAGGACAAUAUUAAGUUUACCGACCACAUAAAUAAA